UCCUGCCCCUCUCAUUCGGCUCCUCUUCUUCCUCCUCCUCCUCCUCUUGCUGUUGCACAAGCAGCAUCACCCAAGACGACAUAGACCACCAACCCCAACCCCCCUUUGCUAUCUCAUCGUCGUCUUCUUCUUCUUCUUCCUCUGAACCAUAGCUUGUUCAGACUGUCCUCCUGUCCUCUUCUUGCUCAGAGUUAGUUCAGACUUCAGACUGUCCUCUUCUUUCUCAGCUUCUAAUCCAGGGCAUAGACAGAGAUAUCACCCUUUUUGUUGCUGUGUUGCUGGUGUAAACUGAGAGAGAAGAACAAACAGGUCUUGCUUUGCAGAGGUUGCAUCUGCUGCCUUCUUCUUGGUGUUCUUGGAGGGAGAGAAGAUUAAGGGUGUGUUUGAUGGGUAAUUGCUGGUUUAGAGGGAGCUUAAGUAUUAACAGGGUCUCUUCCAAUGCAAAGCCAGAGACUCCCAAGAUCCAGAGCCCGUCGGAGAGAGACCGGAGCGACGAGAGCAAGCUGCCCAAGAACGCCAAGGAGGUGGAGGAGCUGCGGCUGGACUCGUCGGCGCGCAACCCGCUGGUCGCCUUCCCCUUCGAGAAGCUCAGGAGCGUGACCAGCAACUUCGCGCAGGACUCGCUCAUCGGCGGCGGCGGCUUCGGCCGCGUGUACAAGGGCUCCGUCGCCGCCGCCGAGGGCGCCGAGCUCCAGCGGGUCGCCGUCAAGGUCCACGACGGCGACAACAGCUUCCAGGGCCACCGCGAGUGGCUGGCGGAGGUGAUCUUCCUCGGGCAGCUGUCCCACCCCAACCUGGUGCGGCUCGUCGGCUACUGCUGCGAGGGCGACCACCGGCUGCUCGUCUACGAGUACAUGCCCCGCGGCAGCGUCGAGUCCCACCUCUUCUCCCGGGUGAUGGCGCCGCUGUCGUGGGCGACGAGGAUGAAGAUCGCGCUCGGCGCCGCGAGGGGCCUCGCCUUCCUCCACGAGGCCGAGAAGCCCGUCAUCUACCGCGACUUCAAGACCUCCAACAUCCUCCUCGACGAGGAGUUCAACGCGAAGCUGUCGGACUUUGGGCUGGCGAAGGACGGGCCGGUGGGGGACAAGUCGCACGUGUCGACGAGGAUCAUGGGGACGUACGGCUACGCGGCGCCGGAGUACGUGAUGACGGGCCACCUGACGGCGAUGAGCGACGUGUACAGCUACGGCGUGGUGCUGCUGGAGCUCGUCACCGGCCGCAAGUCGCUCGACAAGUCCCGGCCGCCGCGGGAGCAGACGCUGGCGGACUGGGCGCUGCCGCUGCUCACGCACAAGAAGAAGGUGAUGGCCAUCGUCGACCCAAGGCUCGCCGCCGCCGCCGGCGGCGCCGACCUGCCGGCGAGGGCCGUGCACAAGGCGGCCAUGCUGGCCUACCACUGCCUCAACCGCAACCCCAAGGCGCGGCCGCUGAUGCGCGACAUCGUCGCCUCCCUCGAGCCUCUCCAGGCCGACGACGACGACCCGCACGCCGCCGGCGCCUGAGAAGAAGAAACAAAAACCAAGCAGGCUGGUGGCCAUCAUCUGCUUGCUUGGGCAUGGCAUGCCGGGAUUAAAAAUGUAUCAUAAUCAAUCAAGAUUUGGUAGCGCAGAUUAGGUAGUGAUUAGUAGUUUCGAUCGAGCGCUGAGUGUACUACGUACGAACGGUGUUAAUGUGCAGGGAAGAUGAUUAAUAACUUUAAUUUCGAUCUCUUAUUUGAUUAA